AUGGGACUUUUCAAAAAAGUUUUCCUGUUGAUUGCCUUUUUAUUUGGGUUUUCUGCCUCACAGGACUUGAGCAUUUUAAGUGACCCAGGCUCAAAUCAAGUAGAUAUCUCAAGGUCUCCCAAUCAAGAUCUAGAAAACUACAUCAGUAUCGAUGAUGAUUUGAAAAAGAAAAUUAAGGCAAAUGUAACAGUUGAGUUGUUGGAUGGAGCUAAUAAAGAUGAAAAUGAUAUGUCUGAAACCUGGGAGUUACACCUAAACAGUGGCGAAACAUUCAAGGAAAGUGAUAAUACUUACUACUCAAAAAUUGGUAAGUCACCAGAAAAUAUUGCAAAAAACAUCCCAGAUAUCAGAUCAUCCAUUUUGAAUUGUAUUAAUCAAAUCAGAUCUGUGGAGGGUGAAAAAGCUGCAAAUAUGAAUAUGUUGGCUUGGGACUACACAAUUGAGGGUUACGCAACUAACUCAGCUCAAAGAAUUUGUUCUUCGGGACAAGUUCUACAAAGUCCCAAUGUAUGGCCUUACAAAGGAGCUGAGGGAGAAUUGAUAGCCACUUCUCCAAGGCUCAAUAAUCCGGAUCCCAGAACAAUAAUGGACAAAGUUUGUGAUCUCGUUCAGCAGUGGAAUAAUACAGGUUCUUUUUUGCCAAAAAAAGCAGACUUUUCAAAUAUUUUUAAAUGGGACAUAGGAAAUAGCUUCCAAUAUGCAGAACCAUAUCUACAAUUAGUUUUGGCUAAGAAUACACUUGUUGGAUGUUCUUUCCAAACAAACUGUCAUGAAAAUAUUGGAACUGUUGUGGUUUGCCAAUUUAGUGAUAAACCUGACCCAGAAACUCCUCCUUAUGCUCACAUUCAUAAAGCCUUUAAUCUAACUGAACCUCAACGUCAACCAUGCGGAAGAUGUGGUUUUGGAGCCAAAUGUUGUUAUCAAAAUUUGUGUGUUGGGAGAGAUGUUGGAUCUUCAUGUCCAAAAUGCACUUUUUCAGAUCCAAUCAAGGAAAAUAAUGAUGACCUUGCCUACUGCUUGGACAAAUAUUAUCAGACCUGCUCAAGCUCAAACUGUCCGGAUGCAUGUGUAGACAAACACCAAAUUCCAGAAGGAAUUCUAAUUAAUCAAUGUUUGUGUACUUCUAAGCAACUAAUUGAAGAUAUGCUUCUUUUUGAUCAGCUUCCUCCGGACCCACAACUAUCUUAUACCGAGGGAUGGAAGAAUAAGAAAGUAUAUCUCCAUGGAGUUUGCAGAAAUGUUAAUGGAGAACCUCAAAAAGUAAUAGAAAUUCCAGAUGUCGGAAGUAAUAUUGAAGAAAGAGAAGAACCCAAGGAAGAAAACAUUGGAGUGAAAAUUAUAUCCUCAGAGAGUAUCAGAUCUGCAAUCUUAAAAAAUUUAAACACUAUCAGGUCAGCUCAACCUGCUGCUGAUAUGGCAAUGCUUAUGUACGACUUUACUCUCGAAGGCUACUCUAGAAUUAGAGCCAAACAAAUCUGUGAGGCUGAGGAUCAACACUCUGAAUUCUUGGGAAUUAAUGGGACCUUCCCACCUUUUGUCAAAUGGCCAUACAGAGGAGGAUCUGGUGAGACAUUAUUUUUGGUAAAUGAGACAUCUUCAGUUCCCGUUGAUAUUGACGAUCAAGAAAUGGCAAAUAUCCAGCUAGGAGAUGCAGAUCCAAUUCAGAUUAUUGAAAAUGCAAUACAAAGUUGGUACUCGGAAGGUGAAUCCUUUGAUUUCUUUAACAUCACAAAUAACUAUGGUAAGGAUUUCUACAACUAUAGAAUGAUUAUCCGAGCAGAGGCAACUGCCGUUGGGUGUUCCAUAGCAACUAACUGUAAAUCAAAUGGGUUAAAAACAGUUUUUGUUUGUCAAUACAACUACCCAAACUUUAAGGACCCAAUGCAUGUUAGAGAGUCUAUAUCUAGGAGAAAGCUCUUGGAUAUUAAAUACUUAGAUUAUGAUUUGCCUUAUCUUCACAUAGAGGCUGAUCCAUUCUUACUUCUCCAACAAAGAAGACCUUGUGGUCGUUGCAGAAGAGGAUCUACAUGCUGCGAAAAUAAUCUAUGUGUUGGAAUUGAUAUCUCCCAAUCAAGUAUCACUUUUGUACCACCAAUUUUGGAGAAUCGUCAAAACGGAGGUUGCAGAUCUGCCUUUGUUAGACCUUGUAACCAACUUAACUGUCAAGUUAAUUGUAUGAAUCCAAGUAGCUCUUACUUAGCUCACCAGUGUUUCUGUGUAAGCCCAGAAAAUAUGGGUAAACUUGCUUUUGCAAGUCCUGAUGCCUUAGAUCUUAAUAAAACUCUUAUUGAAGAGAUCUACAACAAAAACACAACCACUGAUGGAUUCAAUCGUAUGUUAAUGAUAGAUGGUGUUUCCACUCCACAUCCUAUAGCGACUUAUGGUUACAUUUUUGGUUUAGUAAACUCUCAUGGUCUGUGUCUCAAGCUUCCAGGCUUUGAAGAAGAGUAUAGUGAAACAAUAAUGGAUUCUAUUGAGGGUAAUAUGACUGCAAACAUUGAAAGAAUGGGAUUCUCCCUGGACAGUGAUAACAUUACAUUGUUGUCUGAUGUUUUUAUGGACUUGCCAGAGGAUGAUAAUUUCAUCCAAAAGGAUUUAACUGACAGGUUUAGACAAGAAUUUUUGCUUGCAAUUAAUAGCUUCAGAAGUAUUGUAGGUAAAUUUGCAACAAACAUGAACAAACUAGCCUACGACUUUACAUUGGAAGGAAUUGCAAAAUCUUCAGCAAAGCAAUGCCAAAUUGCAUCCUUAAAUAGAUUCUUCGAAAUUAAUGGGGUCCCUCCUCUAACUUAUUUAUCUCCAGCCAAUGAGACAUUGCUUCCAAAUAAUGUAGCAUCUAUAGUAGCAAGCUGGGCCAAACCUCUUAUUUCAAAAAAUGGAAAUAUCCAAACCGAAGCUUUCCUUGAUUCUUUGAAUAAAUAUGGAAAGUCUCUCCCAGACUCAGCUAGGCAGUUAUUUAGUGCUCAUGCUACUUCUGUUGGUUGUUCAAUAUUCUCAAACUGUCCAGAAGGCAGAUAUUUCGUGGUUUGUCAGUUCAAUCAUCUCGACAAAACAGAGUAUCCAUUUAAUCCAAUUGAAGAUGGAUUAAGCAUUCCAAAAGCUCCUUGUAGUUGUUGUGGGUCAAAAGCAAGCUGCUGCGAAAAUAACCUUUGUGUUGGUGGAAAUAGUGUUGGACAGGAUUUCUCUGUAUGCAAUGAUAUUUCAAUGAGUAACGAGAAUGGAAAAUCCUGUAGCUCUUCUUUUUACAAGAGUUGUAAGGAUCUGAAUUGCAAGGGUCAGUGUCUAAAGCCUUUGGAAGAAAGUGAUCCAUUCUAUAACCACUAUAUUUUCAACCAAUGUACAUGUAGUAAAAAGAAGAGUGGAAGUUCUCCUCAAUCAGGACUAUUACAAGAUGGAAAAGCUUUGAUUAGAGGAAGCUGUACGAGUGUGAAUACAACCAGAUUGGAUUCUCCAAGUGUUCUUGUAAAAUACAAUAAUUUGUUAAAUUUAGAGCUAAUUUCUAAUGGAAGAAACAGAAAUACUGUAUCUCAAUCUCUUUCUGCUGCCUUACAGAGUGAACUUAAAGGGAAGCUGACGGUUUUGGAUUCAAGACCUAUUCUUUACGCCUUGAAUAAGAAACGAAGCAAGUUGGGUGAAAAUGCUAUAAAUAUGAAUAUGUUAAAAUGGGAUUAUUCUUUACAAGGGUAUGCUCAAAAUUGGGCUACAGUUUGUUUGGCAGGAAAGAAUAAUAAUAGUCCUCAUGAAUUCCCAUACAGAGGAGGAGAAAGCGAAGUCGUAUAUUCUUCUGAAAUAGGUGAGGAAUAUGAUGAACGUACUUCUCCUUUGAAGGUUGUGGAUUCCUGGUUCUCAGGCGAGGAAUUAUAUGAGGGAAAGAAGGGAACAGCUUCAAUAACACCAAAAGUCAUGGAUUUCCUUACAGUAGCUCAAGCAACAUCUUCUUCUGUGGGUUGCUCAGUCGUUAAGGGUUGUCCAAAUGCUGGGUUUGUUGUAGUUUGUCAAUUUGACUCUGGAGUUAAUCUAAAUAAGUAUCCUUAUGUUAGAAUUUCAGAAGCUAAAGAAAAUAAGGUACCUGAAUCACAAGCACAUCCUUGCGGAAAAUGUUCCUCAGGGUCAACAUGUUGUAAUGAAAAUCUAUGUGUAGGAAUAAGUCAAAACCCAAGCAAGCUUGCAGCUCCAUUGGUCACAAAACUCUCUUCUAGUAAAAACUGCAUCUCAUCCAUUUCCAAGAAGUGUAGCCCAGGAUUAUGCUCAGAGGGUUGCAUUCCUCAAGUAACUUCUGAGGAAUCUGAGAAGAUUGCUUUAUAUGACAAGGACAACUCAAUUCAAUUUACGGUUAAUCAAUGUCAAUGUGUCUCAGGAGAGCUUUUAAAAACACCAACUGAUGCUUGGAAGCUCGGAAUGGUACGUCGAAACGGACAAUGCGAAAAAGUUAAUGGUUAUAGCGUUGAAGUAACUAGGGCUCAAAUUCAUUACUUUAAUACAGUCACGAACGCUACAAAUAGUUUUGAUGAAAAUACAAAACAGAACCUAGAUAAUAAUUUUGAGGGUGAGAAAGAAAAAACAAAGCGAGGUUUUUCACAGGAGUGCAUUGAUCAAGCUAAAACCAAUGGAUUAUCCUUGAAAUGCAUUGCCAAUCCAUUAAAUUGCUCAAUACAAACUUUGUGCUACGCGUAUCCAAACAGGAAAAACUGCUUCUGUGGAGACGAAAAGAGCAAGAAGUGCGAGGCAUUGAAGCUUUGCAGAAGGGAUUUACAAGAUCCGGUUAAUUUUGUAAAUCCUAAUUGUACUGGAAAGCUUGCCUUAUCCAAAGGCUGUCCUUGUUCAAAGAAUGUAUUCAGUCUGGAGUGCAGCUGCAGUGUUUAUCCCAAGAAUCCCGGAUGUCCUUGUGAUAAGGAACCCAAAUCCUUAAUAUGCAAGGAUCUAGUCAGAACAUCAGAAGCUGCUCAACAGAAAGUAAACUAUGCCUUGUCUGAAGUUAAUAACGUUUCUAGAACACUAAGAGGUUAG